CAAAAAGAGCAUGAACAUUGUGGCUACCUAGGCAACCAAUCACAAUGAAGAGAUUGCAACUAGGCACAAUUUCUUUGGCCCUUCUGAUUAUUCUUACAAAAUCUUCAAUUGCCAAUGCAUUAGAAGAUGGCAGUAUUAAGAAUGAAGAAUCUGACAAGGAAGAGCAAAAUCAUGUUCCAAAUUCUAUCUCAAGUUAUGGGAUUGAAACGGUGGGGGAGAUGGAAGAAGAUGAAUGGGAAAUGGUGCAAAAGAGAGGGAACCAAUUUGUGGUGAAUGAGAAACCAUUUUACAUAAAUGGAUUCAACACAUACUGGCUGAUGGUGUUUGCUGUGGAUGAGUCAACAAGAGGGAAGGUCACUGAGGUGUUCCAACAAGCUUCCUCAGUUGGCAUGACCGUUUGUAGGACUUGGGCCUUCAAUGAUGCCCAAUGGAGGGCCCUACAAAAAUCUCCAUCCGUUUAUGAUGAAGAUGUCUUCAAGGCAUUGGAUUUUGUGGUAAGUGAAGCAAAGAAAUACAAGAUCAGGUUGAUAUUAUCACUGGCAAACAAUUGGGAAGCAUAUGGUGGAAAAGCACAGUAUGUGAAAUGGGGAAAAGAUGCUGGCCUCAAUGUCUCUUCUGAUGACGACUUCUUCUCACAUCCAACUCUUAGAACCUACUACAAGAACCAUGUUAAGACGGUGUUGAAUAGAGUGAACACAUUGACAAAUAUGACAUACAAGGAAGAUCCAACCAUAUUUGCAUGGGAAUUGAUGAAUGAACCUCGAUGCACCUCAGAUCCCGCUGGUGAUAAGCUUCAGGAUUGGAUACAAGAAAUGGCAUUCCAUGUGAAGAAGAUUGAUCCAAAGCACCUAGUAGAAAUUGGAGUUGAAGGAUUUUAUGGGCCCUCAACCCCUCACAGAACUCAGUUCAAUCCAAAUUCAUAUGCAACACAAGUUGGAACUGAUUUCAUUAGGAACCACCAGGUUCUUGGUGUUGACUUUGCUUCUGCUCACAUAUAUGCUGACUCUUGGAUCUCACAGCAAAUUUCCGAAAGCCAUCUAGAAUUCAUAACAUCAUGGAUGCAAUCCCACAUAGAAGACGCGGAAAAGCAUCUGGGAAUGCCAAUAAUCUUUGCAGAAUUCGGUGUAUCAUCAAAGGACCCUGGCUACAAUGCAACAUACAGAGACAACCUUAUAACAAGUGUGUACAAAACAAUCUUAAACUCCACAAAGAAAGGAGGAAGUGGCGGCGGAACACUCUUGUGGCAGGUGUUUCCUGAAGGAACUGAUAACAUGGAUGAUGGUUAUGCUAUUGUGCUCUCUAAGUCUCCUUCUACUUCUGCUGUUGUGUCACUUCAGUCCUCAAGGCUUGCUUUGUUCAAUUCAAUGUGUUCUUCUAAAUUCCAGUGGAGUUGUAAGAAGAAGAAAGUCAUCUAUGAUCCUCAUGAUGAAUUCUAGAUUCUGAUCCAUGUAUUAAUAUAUCUCAUACAAUAUAUUUUACUCUAUCAAAUUAAAACAAGAAUAUAUAAUUUAUAUGUAUAUUUGUAUAUAUCAUGUGGUAUUUAAUGA